AUCUUUCACUCAAUUCAUACCAUUUAUAAGUUAUAUAAUCCGGAAGAAUGCGACCCAAAGACCGAUUUGUGUCUCAACCCAUCGUUUACUCGCAAAGACAUCUUCACGCUAUAUCUCUGCACAUCACCCGAUGAGCACCCGUUGGCCCACUCUUUGUCAUGUAUUUAUGAAAACAAUCGCUUCUCACUCAUCGAAGACUACAAACUGUCACUGUCGGUGUCACUGCCGCCGCAAACAUUGCGCAACGGUUCCCUAUAUAUGCACGCAGUGUUGACUUCGCUGAAGAAUUUCAAAGAAAUUACUAAAGAAGUACUUCUGCACAGAAGCACAUUCACUGCCGUCACUCCUCUCACCAGAUAUGCCUUAAAGGAGACAAAAGCAUUCAAUUUGCUUAACACUCAAACCGAUCAACAAAUCGAAAAGCCGUCGAAGAAUAAGAAGAGUUCACACAACCGUCCGGUCACUCAUUGGAAACCAAAGAUCACUUUGAAUAUCAUUUCAGAACCACUUUCACUGUCGAGGAAAGCACUUCCCGCCGAAAUCGCUCAUCUCUUUAAAUUGAAUGAAAGGACACAAUAUUUACCGAUUGUAUACAUAAGUGAAGUUAGACAACGCCUUAAAGACUUAUGGCCAGUGAAUGAGACCAAUCCAAUGCCAUUGGAAGUGGUCUAUGAGCCGACGUCUAUCGGAAAACUUAGAUUUAUGCUUAUAAUCGAGGGUUCGCUCAAAUCGAUGACUAAAAUGGGUUUCACUGAAUCCGAUUCCGACGACAUUAAAGGCAUUUUCUUUGACACUAAUAUAUAUCUACUGCUCGUCACUAUAUUUGUCACUUCAUUUCACGUUUUGUUUGAUUUCCUCGCCUUUAAGAACGACAUUCAGUUCUGGAGAAAACGAAAGUCAAUGGAAGGCCUUUCGUUCAGUUCACUCCUCUGGAGAUGUGUUUCGCAAUUUGUGAUAACUUUAUACCUUUUGGAUAACAAGACAUCGUAUUUAGUCCUCAUUCCGUCGGCCAUCGGAACAGUCAUUGAGUUGUGGAAACUGAAGAAAGCGCUUAAAAUAGAGAUUAAAGGAUUUAGGCUUACAUUCAAAGGUCGAACUGAAGCCGAAAAGAAGACCGAUUCUUAUGACUCGACUUUUAUGAAGUAUUUAUCUCUCUAUGUGUUGACACCUUUGGUUAUCGGAGGCGCCGUUUACUCUAUUUUAUACACACAACACAAGUCGUGGUAUUCAUGGGUGAUCCAAAGUGCCGCUAAUGGUGUCUAUGCUUUUGGCUUUCUGUUUAUGUUUCCCCAACUGUUCAUUAACUACAAACUCAAGUCUGUGGCACACUUGCCGUGGAGGGCAUUCAUGUAUAAGGCCUUCAACACGUUUAUUGACGAUUUGUUUGCAUUUCUGAUUACAUCCCUUCCCACCGCUCAUAGAGUGGCGGCUUUUCGGGAUGACAUCGUUUUUAUUAUAUACCUUUACCAGCGAUGGUUAUAUCCAGUGGACAAGACUCGAGUCAAUGAGUUUGGAGAAAAGGCCGACGAAAAGUCUGAAACCAAGAAAACAAAAUAAUUCUUAUAACUUAUUUUCUAAACA